UUACAUCGCAGUGAAAUGGAAUCGAAUGCGCCGAUUCUGACGGUAUGUUAACCCCACCGUUCAGCUCCGCCCUGAAUUUUGGCCAAUAUAUACAUAUACAUAUGCGCAUGUAUACUUAUAUAAAUUGACGUUUGCGGUUAAAUGUUUACAACUCGAAAUUCAGCUGAAAACUUAACAAAAAAUAAAGUGUGUAGAGAAAAAUGCUAUGAACGGCAAACCAGUUUUAGGUACAGGCGAGACGACCCAGGCCAACAACAAACAAGCAUCGUGGAAAAAAUACAAAGUUUUAAUUGGUUGCACAAACAAAAGUACAAAACGAGCGUCUAAACAAAUCGAAGUCACUCAGUCGGCGGUCAAAGUAACGAACACUAACUUUAACCGGGCUCUGUGAGUUGGGUGGAUGAAUAUCAGUUUAUUUCGUCAUUUGUUAAAACACCUUGCACUUAAUAACUGGCGCAUGUAAAGCUCGCUGAGAGACAAGGCGAGAGACUCUCGAUUCUCAGGACUUAACUCAACUCUAGACGGCUGUAGGUCACCCAGCGAUCACGAUUGAGCAAAUCGAACGAGCGCCUGCUCAUGCUCAUGAAUGAUUGACAAAAUCGGAAACCUGAAAUGAGGCUUCUACCUGCUGCCGGCGGGUCCAAAGCGAUGGCGGCCUGUAAGAUCGAGAGAGAGGUAAGUUGUUAUCGUCCGCUUACCUGUUAGAAGGUGUGGCUAAACGAAUUGCGAUCAGCGGCGUUGGUGAUUGAUCCCAAGUGCGAGCGAGACCACAAUACUUUAGCAGUCGUCGGCAAUGGCUAAGAAAGAGUUGAAUCAGCCAUUGAGCCAAACGUGUAAACAAGAUGGCAUGGGCGCAACAACUCGGCCAAAGAGAAAUAGAGGUAACAUCGCACAGCGACUACUAAAAAGCAAGCACGGCUUGUGAUGGUUGAAAAAAUUAGCACCGACCGUCAAUCAUUAGCUAGGGAACGGUGGCAACGCAAACAACGCACUCAACGGCGGCCGAAAACUGACGACGGCAACUCGAAAAGUCUAAAAAAAAAAUCGGAGCAAUCGUUGAGAGCAAUUCCACUUCCUUCUGGGACCUGCUUAAUCGGUAUCGGUGAACUUACAGUGAAGUGUGGACGAAUAAAACUUAAUCAAAGAAAAUAACUAAUAUAGUGAUUGUGUUCGGUGUGUGACUUAGUGCGUGAUCCAAAAAUCUUAGCAAAUUAAUUCUCAUCUGAAUUAUCCCAAGGAUUACAAGAAGUAGCAUCCCCGGUGCGAACCGGAACAUACAUUUUUGGAAUUAAUUGACAUGACCACAUCGCAUAUCCUGUCCGCCGUGGAUCCCACAACCGGCCUUAAUGGAAAUGUGGCGGCCGGUGGUAACGGUGGCGCUGGCGCUGGCGGCGACUCCCCCUCUCCACAUCACGCAGCCCACAAUGGACAUGGGCACGGACAUGGAAUGGGUGUUGUCGGUGGUGCUGUUGCGUUGGGCUCAGCGGGUGGAGGCGGUGGUCAUCGCAUUGUCGGUGGCGCUGGCAGCCCCAAUGAACUGGAUCGCAAUCUGCGCGUCUCGCUUGAUGACCGAGAGCUGUGGCUACGCUUUCAGAAUCUUACCAACGAGAUGAUCGUCACCAAGAAUGGCAGGAGAAUGUUUCCGGUUGUGAAAAUCAGCGCCUCCGGCUUGGAUCCGGCUGCCAUGUAUACGGUUCUACUGGAAUUCGUGCAGGUCGACACCCAUCGCUGGAAGUACGUCAACGGCGAAUGGGUGCCCGGUGGAAAGGCUGAGGUACCACCCUCGAAUCCCAUAUAUGUACAUCCCGAGUCACCUAAUUUCGGAGCCCAUUGGAUGAAGGAGCCGAUUUCAUUUGCCAAAGUCAAGUUGACAAACAAAACCAACGGCAACGGACAGAUAAUGCUGAACUCAUUGCACAAGUACGAGCCCCGGGUGCACCUGGUUCGCGUGGGCUCUGAGCAGCGUCACGUGGUCACCUACCCGUUUCCAGAGACUCAGUUCAUUGCGGUGACUGCAUACCAAAACGAGGAGGUCACUUCACUAAAAAUCAAGUACAAUCCGUUCGCGAAGGCCUUUCUAGAUGCUAAGGAGCGUCCAGACACGCUCUAUCCUCACGACACCCACUACGGAUGGCUAAUACCUCCGCCCACCCACUACGCCAGUGCUGCUGCAGUUCAAGCACCGCCACCACCGCUGCCCAUGGCACAGACGCAUGCCCUAGUGGCAACUUCUUCAGCCGCCUCCUCGGCUUCCGUGUCGGCCAGCUGCGAUCGCUAUGGUCGCGCUCUACCCACACGCAGCUCAGCGCCUAAUCGUACGACGCCCUACAGCAGGCCUCGCGUUGUCUCGGGCUCCGGUUCCAAUGGCAGCGCGGGCAAUGCCUCCUCUUCCUCGCCGCAGCCUCCGUCUGCGCCUCAGACACCAACCAGUCUGCAAUCGUCAAUCGGCUCGGUCAGCACCAGCACCGGAACAAACACAAGCGCCAGUGUAGGCAGCAGUGGUGCCAGUGGCUGCUUCACCAGUUCCUACUCGCAGUCGGGCUUUGUGCCAGUGGAAGCUAGCUCAACGGCAUCGGUGUUCUCAUAUCCUAGUAGCUGGCAGGGCAACAGCAAUUACUGGAGUCCAACGAGUGUGCCCGGUCCCAUGCCCAUGAACGUGUGCAGCAGCCGCAACAUAUCAACGCAUAAUUCACCCUCGCCCACGAAUGGUUCGCCGAGCUACACGACGCCAUCGCCAGGCUAUACCAUACACCACCUGACGCCGCAUAGUCACCAGUACAACAUGGCCCAGACGGAUCUCUAUGCGAGUGGAGCGGCUUCCUCGAGCUCGCCGCAAACCUAUGGAGCACCCACACACCAGGUGUAUCAUCCGACGCCAACCUCUCCCACCCACCAGCUGUACACGAACGUGCUGAACGCACCCUCUGCGCUGAGCUAUCCGGCUAGCGGCUGGCACAACAGCUCCGGCGCCGAGUACGGGCUCUACCAAAAUGCGGCUGCGGCCUAUUACCAGCCGGAGUAUAUACCACUAGAGAUAGGCUAUGCCACCCAUCCGCUGGAGCCCGUGGACGUUACGAAGACGCUUGAUGAAUCACAGUCCGCCAUGUACAAGCCAACCGAAGAGCAGAGCUCCGUCAUCACUCUGGAGUGCGCCAGUGCCAGUGCCAGUCUGAAGACCGCCCACAAUCACAACGACAUCAAGCUAGAAUCCCUAGAGCACAACAUGGAUCGGAACGCAGUUCCAACCGCAACUGUGCCCAGCGCUGUGCCUACGGGAAUGCCCACAUCCGUGGUCACCGCUGUUAGUGCUGACACUUGGACACCGCUUACACCACCUCAAAGCACUCUGCAGUGAUGGUCAGCUAGUUAAAAGAACAAAAAAAACAAAUUAACAAUACAUACAGCCAUCGCACCGCCCCA